AUGAAGUUAAAAGCCUUCGACACAGUGCAGCUCUGCAGAACACCCACCACGGAAGAAAGGCAGAACGAGAGCACUGAAGUCUGAUAAUGAAAGGAAGACAGGGAGGUGAACAUCGAGAGAGAAGACACAGAACUGCUAGGAGAAACUGAAGAAAAAAAAGAUGGAGUUAUGGCGGCAGUGUGCGGUGUGGUUGAUCGAAUGUAGAGUUCUUCCUGAUAACCACCGGGUCACAUGGGAGGGCGCACAGGUGUGUGACCUGGCUCAGGCUCUGAGAGAUGGCGUGCUGCUCUGCCAGUUGCUCAACAACCUCCUGCCUCAGGCCGUCAACCUGAGAGAGAUCAACCUGCGCCCACAGAUGUCCCAGUUCCUGUGCCUGAAGAAUAUACGCAAGUUUCUGGGAGUUUGUCAAGAGAGGUUUCAUCUCAAAAAGAGUGAACUGUUUGAGGCCUUUGACCUGUUUGAUGUUCGAGACUUUGCAAAGGUCAUAGACACUUUGUCCAUCCUCUCUCAUUCAUCCAUUGCGACACAAAGAGGACUCCAGCCUUUUCCUUUGGAAGGAUGCUCUACUGAUGAUGAGAUCUACAGCGGCCUGUCUGACCAGAUAGAUGACACAGUGGAUGAGGAUGAUGACUUAUACGACUUUGUGGAGGACGAGGAAAAUGAAGGAGAUGAGAUCUAUGAAGACUUGAUGAGAACGGAUGAACCACCUGAAACUCAGCAGAAGACCGGGGUAGACAAACGGGAGUGUUGCCUGCAGGAAAUCCGACAGACGGAAGAGAAAUACUCUGAUACACUGGAAUCUAUAUUACAGCACUUUAUGAAGCCUCUUGAAAGGUUUCUCAGUGUUCAAGACAUUGAGAGUAUCUUCAUCAACGUAGAGGAUUUGGCCAACACCCACCGUAAUUUGUUGGAGGAGGUUCGAACUUCCAUCCUAAGUUAUGGAGCCAAGAACCUUUACCAGGUUUUUCUGAACUACAAGGAGAGGCUCUUACUGUACGGUCGAUACUGUAGUCAAGUGGAAACAGCAACAAAACACCUAGACAAGCUUUCAAAUAUGAGGGAGGACAUCAAAAUGAAACUGGAGGAGUGUUCAAAAAGAGCAAAUAGUGGACGUUUUUCUCUGAGAGACUUACUCAUGGUCCCUAUGCAGCGUGUCCUCAAAUAUCACCUGCUGUUACAGGAGCUGGUGAAGCACACCACUGACUCUACAGAUAAGGAGAACCUCCGCACAGCUCUUGAUGCCAUGAGAGACUUGGCGCAGUGUGUGAACGAGGUGAAACGAGACAAUGAGAUCAUCAGACAGAUCACCUCCUUCCAGUUGUCCAUAGAAAACAUGACUCAGUCGCUAGCUCUCUUUGGUCGCCCCAAGAUCGACGGGGAGUUAAAGAUCUGCAGCCCGGAUAAAAAGUCUAAACAGGACAGGUAUGCAUUCCUCUUCGAUAAGGCCAUGUUUGUGUGUAAGAAAAAGAGUGGAGAGACUUUUGAGCUAAAGGACAUCAUUGAACUACAGCACUACCAGAUACGAGAUGAAACCACUGGAGAAAAGGACAAUAAGAAGUGGUCCUAUUUGUUCCUUCUGCUGGACUGCUAUGGGCGGGGUGGGUACGAUUUAUUCUUCAAAACCAGAGAACUGAAGAAGAAAUGGCUGGAACAGUUUGAGAUGGCUAUGUCGAAUAUGUGUCCAGAGAACUCCACAGCCAACAACCAUGACUUCCAGAUGUUCUGCUUUGAGGAAACAACCUGCUGCAAGGCCUGCUCGAUGCUGUUAAGAGGGAUAUUUUUCCAGGGCUAUCGCUGCACACGCUGUAAAAUGGCUGCACAUAAAGAGUGUUUAGGCAGAGUCCCUGCCUGCGGACGAAACUCAGAUCAUGCUGGUACUAUGAAGAAGAAUAAAACACAGAGGUCCUCCGGACAUUCCAGCGUUGGGUUUCCUAAGAUGGAGGUCUCUCAGGAGUAUUAUGGCUUGCCGCCACCCCCUGUGGGCUUCGGCCAACCACUUCAACUCUCCAAAGGUGACAUCAUCGAACUGACCCGUGCUGAUGCUGAGCUGCCAUGGUGGGAGGGAAGGAACCUGACUGUUGGACAAAUGGGAUGGUUCCCCUGCCAAAAAGUUCAGCCCUACCUCUCUAGGGCGACCCCAGACCUGUCUGGCUUCCACUGGUUUGCAGGGAACAUGGACAGAACCGCUGCCAAAAACCUGUUAAUGUCCCGGUCCGAUGGAACCUUCCUUGUGCGGCAGAAAGAUGGAGGAGAGUUUGCUAUCAGCAUCAAGUUCAACAUGGACAUCCGACACAUUAAGAUCACGUCCGCUGAAGGCCUCUAUCGCAUCAAUGAGAAGAAAGCAUUCAAGGGAUUAAUUGAGAUGAUUCAGUUUUACCAGCAGAACUCUUUGAAGGAGUACUUCAAGGAUGUGGACACCACGCUGCGUACGCCUUACAAACAACCUGAGGAAAGCAACUCGCCUAACACGCCAAACAGCACCCCAGGAGGCAGCAUGAGGAGUUUCGGCGUAGCGAGGGCCAGGUAUGACUUCUCAGCCAGGGACCGCUCAGAGCUGUCGCUGCAGGAAGGAGACACCAUCAAGAUCCUCUCCAAGAAAGGUCACAGUGGUUGGUGGAAAGGAGAGGUGUACGGCCGGGUGGGGUUCUUUCCAGCCAACUAUGUGGAGGAGGACUACUCUGACUACUGCUGACGUGGCUCCAGAGGAGAUGUGUAGACCCUGUAUGUGUAUAAACUGAUAUGUAUACUAACAUAAUGUAUGUUUAGGGGUCUGUGUGAUACAUGGUUUCCAAUGAUUGCAUUAAUCCAUAUGCACGAGUGUGGCUGAGUGCGUGAGAAAGGGGCUGUUACCUGUGAUCUGAUGACUGUUUAGUAAUGUGAAUAAAACUUUUGUUCAGCUGA